UCUUUGGUAUUAGUUGGAAAAACUGGUAUGGGUAAGAGUAGCUUGGGAAACAGUCUUCUCUGUCAUUCCGGUCCUGGUGAAAAACCAUUUAAAUCAAAAAAAUCUGCAGGCUCGAUCACCAAACAAUGUGAACGAAAAAGAGCUACUUUAGGAGACGGUACUCUUUUAACAAUAGUCGAUACUCCAGGUUUAUUCGACACUUCUGUCCCGAACGGACAAACUAUAAAUGAAAUAAUUAAAUGUAUAUCAUUAAGUACACCUGGACCCCAUGCUAUACUAUUUGUUUUGAAUUUGAGACGAUUUACAGAAGAGGAGAUCAAAACCGUAGACAUUUUGAAGAGACUGUUUGGUACAGAAGCCAUGAAAUAUAUCGUCGUUGUGUUUACUGGGAAAGACGAACUUGAUGAUGUCGAAGACGAUGAUGACAUAAAAACAAUUCAAGACUUCGUUAAAAAUGGCCCUGAUUAUCUACGAAAAUUCGUAAGAGAAUGUAAUAUGAGGUAUGUAGGUAUAGCAAACAAACCAUCUUCACCAACUCAUUGUAGUGACGUUAAAGAUGUCAUGACUCUCAUUUACAAAACGAUGGAAGUGAAUGGAGACCAGGUAUAUUCGCAGGAAGCAUUC